AUGGCCGAAACAAAGAUGGAAUACGUCCGCCUCGGAAACUCAGGACUCAAGAUCUCCAAGAUCAUCCUGGGAACAAUGGGCUACGGCAGCAAAGACUGGCAAGACUGGGUCCUGAACGAAGAAGACGCCCUGCCCCUGAUCGAGCACGCCUACAAGCGCGGCAUCAACACCUGGGAUACCGCCGAUGUCUACUCUCACGGCAAAAGCGAAGAAAUCCUCGGCAAAGCACUGAAACAGUACAACAUCCCCCGCAACCGCGUGGUAAUCAUGACCAAGUGUUUCUUCGGCGUCGACGACACAGGCAACUACCCACCGAUCAGCGCAUCCGGCCGAAACGACAACGACUUCGUCAACCGCGUCGGCCUAUCCCGCAAACACAUUUUCGACGCCGUAGACGCGAGCGUCGCCCGUCUAGGCACGUACAUCGAUGUACUCCAGAUCCACCGUCUUGAUCGGGAGACGCCCCGCGAGGAGAUCAUGAAGGCUCUCAACGAUGUGGUGGAGAGUGGGAAGGUCAGGUAUAUAGGUGCGAGUUCGAUGGCCGCGUGGGAAUUCCAAUCUCUCCAAAACAUCGCCGCGAAUAACAACUGGCACAAGUUCAUUAGCAUGCAGAACUAUCACAAUCUCCUGGCGCGCGAGGAAGAGCGCGAGAUGAUCCCCUACUGCCAGGACGCGGGCGUGGGCAUUAUCCCCUGGUCGCCGAUUGCGCGUGGGGCGCUGGCUCGUCCGUAUGAUUCGCGCGGGACGGUGCGGGAGAACACUGACGGGGCGUUGAAGAUGUUUGUGCGGGCUCGCGAGAGCGAGGCUGAUAAGGCUAUUAUUGGGCGUGUUGAGGAGAUUGCGCAGAAGAAGGGGUUGAGUAUGGCUCAGGUUGCGCUUGCUUGGUCUCUUUCGCAUCAGGGGGAGAAUCCUAUUGUUGGGGUGCAUAGUAUUGGGCGGAUUGAUGAGGCUGUUGAGAGUAUUUCUGUCAAGUUGACUGGUGAGGAGAUUGCUUAUCUUGAGGAGCCUUAUGUUCCUAGGACUGUUACUGCUCUGGAGAGGUAA